AUGGUGGCUCCCCUUUUCUCCUCUCACAGUUUGUUUUCAAGUGCUGACUGUCCCAUUCCUGAAAUGGGCGCAGCGCUGAGCCUGUGUGCAGCGUUAGUACCAGCUGCCUUAACACUGAAGUUUACAUUACUCAUUAAAACACAUACAUGCAGUGUUGCCUGUGAUGCUGGAAACCAGUGUACCCGCCUUGCCAUGUUCAGUCGUGAUGGUGAGAUGGUGACGUGGAUCAGUUUUGCACACGACAUUCAAAACACUCAAGUUUCCCCCCACUCGUUUAAAAAUAAAUGUAGUUCAAAUUGCCAGUUUCCAGUAUUUUUGAGCUUAUUUAACGAGUUCUGGAGCAUUUAUAUCUAA